CUCACAAGGUACCUGAGUGCAUCUCUUUGUCAAGAAAGAACCGCGGUUCCAGAAGGCCCUGUGGGCCCUGCUGUCGGCUCUCUGAGAAGACAGUAUGGCUAUUGCCUUACAGCCCAGCGACCUGAUCUUUGAGUUUGCAAGCAACGGGAUGGAUGAUCUCCACCAGUUGGAAGACCCCUCCGUGUUCCCAGCUGUGAUCGUGGAGCAGGUCCCCUACCCCGAAUUACUGCAUCUGUACUCAGGACUGGAUCUGGACGACGUUCACAAUAGCAUCUUAACAGAUGGGACCUUGUGCAUGACUGAGGAUGACAUAUUGGAAGGCAGUUUUUUGCUGGAAGAUGAAAAUGAGGCCACCUCACACAGCGUGUCAACAACUGAACUCUUGCUAAAUAUGGACUCUCCUGAUGACAUCCUGGAUGAGAAGGAGAUCUUCAAUACCUCCGAAAUGUUUCCAGACUCAGACCCUGCUUCAGCCAUCUCUCUGCCCAACUACCUGUUUUCUGCCUGUGAUCCCGAUGUCCUGAACAGGGCACUUGACACUAGUAACCAGGAGGCACCUUUUCUGGAGGAGAAGGUCACCAGAGAGGAAAGUACCAAGAAGAUUGCAAAAUCAAAGAAGAGAAUCCGGAAGACCAAGUGCAACCGAAGUACCUCACCUGUCACUGACCCCAGCAUCCCCAUACGGAAGAAAUCAAAAGAUGGCAAAGGCAGCACCAUCUAUCUGUGGGAGUUCCUUCUGGCGCUGCUGCAAGACAGAAACACCUGUCCCAAGUACAUCAAGUGGACCCAGCGAGAGAAGGGCAUCUUCAAGCUGGUAGAUUCCAAAGCUGUGUCCAGACUGUGGGGAAAGCAGAAAAACAAGCCUGACAUGAACUAUGAGACAAUGGGGCGGGCACUAAGAUAUUACUACCAAAGAGGCAUCCUGGCCAAAGUGGAAGGGCAGAGGCUGGUGUACCAGUUUAAGGAGAUGCCCAAAGACCUGGUGGUGAUUGACGACGAGGAUGAGGGAAGUGAAGCCACAGCAGCCCCGCCUCAGACCUCCACAGUCUCCACCAGUACCCCCCGGCGAACCAGCUCCAGGGUCUCGGCCAGAGCUGCUGCUCAGGGCAAGGGUGGCUCUUCCCGGGAAAAGCUGAAGGUUCAGCACGUUGGCGUCCAAUCAUCUGAAAAUCUGGAAUUGGGACCGUCUCUAGAUGAGGAGCCCCCCACUACCUCCACCAUGCUUGUCUCCCCACCAGAGAGCCAGGUCAAACUUCCCAAAGCUGUGAGUAAGUCUUCAGUGCCCAGCAACAUCCACCUAGGAAUAGGGUCAGGCUCGUCCUUGACCCUGCAGACAAUCCCACUGACCACGAUGCUGACCAAUGGGCCUCCUGCCAGCACUACUGCUUCUACCCAGCUUGUUCUCCAGAGUGUUCCAUCUGCCUCAACCUUCAAGGACACCUUCACUUUGCAGGCCUCUUUCCCCCUGAACACCAGUUUCUCAGAUAGGCAGGUGGCAGCCCCAGGGGCUCCACUGAUUCUCAGUGGCCUCCCCCAACUUCUGACUGGGGCCAACCGUCCAACCAACACAGCACCACCCUCGGUCACAGGGGUUAGACCAGCAGGGCCCAGUUCUCAGUCCCCUGGGACUGUCAUUGCUGCCUUCAUCAGGACUUCUGGUGCCACAGCAGUCCCUGGGGUCAAGGAGGGGCCACUGAGGAGCGGGACCCAAGUGGAGGGGCUGCUAGUUCCUGAAGAGACCCUGAGGGAGCUCCUGAGAGAUCAGGCUCAUCUUCAGCCACUUCCGACCCAGGUGGUUUCAAGAGGUUCCCACAAUUCGAGCCUUCUGGGGAGCCAGACUUUCUCUUCUCCCAGCCGCCCCACUGUUGGGCUGACUCCGGUGGCUGAACUUGAGCUUUCUUCAGGCUCAGGGUCCCUGUUAAUGGCUGAGCCUAGUGUGAACACAUCUGGGAGCCUGCUGACCAGAUCCCCAACCCCAGCCGCCUUCUCUCCAUUCAACCCCACUUCCCUCAUUAAGAUGGAGCCCCAUGACAUAUAAACAGAGGGGUCAGGAGAAUUGUCACCCACCAGGUGAAAAUGAGUUGCAUUGUCAUAGAGAAGUAGCACACUUGCCCCUACAUUUCAGUGCCCCCAGGUCCCAGCCCUGCCUGGCAUCACCAUGUCCAAACUAUGCCUAGUUGGUACAUCCCUGGCGUCAGACUAUGGCCUUCAAGAGCACUAGGGGAUAUGCUCUUGGCAGGAUAAUGGGCUGACUUGGUGAUGGAGGAAAAAUCCCCAGAGCCAGGGAGAAUUUUAUAGCCAAGGCUGGUGCAGGGGCUUCAUGAUACAGUCUUUUUACCUGGCUGGAUCUCGCCACCUACUUGCCUGACACAGGGAAUUUGUUAUCCCAUAUGUGAAUAUUUCUGUAUGUAUUUGUGUGUACUUGUGGGUCUUUAUCUUAGUUUCUUUGGGGAGGAUGAGUGUAGCUGUGAAGUCUAGUCUUCUAGAGUGUGUGUAUCUUUCUUUGGGUCAGCCACAGGCAUGCAGAUUGUUUUUUGAAAGGGAAAACAUUCUCUAAUUCCCUUUGUGCAUGCCAAGAUUCAGUUGCUUUGAGACUAUGGGGUAUGGUUGGAGACCCCAAAUCUGGAGAGAUGUCACAGAAUUGGAACAGAUGCAGGGUAGGAGAGCUUUAGUGAGUAUGCACAUUGGGGAAGAUGUGCUCCUAAGGGACAAGAAGGCCAAGUAAGAUAAAAGCACAAUGAGAGGGGAAAGAACUUACCGGGGAAGCAGCCCACACAGGUUAGACUGAGGUAUCUUCCCAGAGUUAGCCUAGUUAUCCACCACAGUCACCCUGCUGCUGGGCUGGAAACUUGGCUACCCCAGAGUGCUUUGCUGAAGGAUUAGUCUGGGGCAAUGUGCCUCCCUGUCCUCUCCCCCCACAGAGUCUGACCCAGCCAUAGAGUCCCCACUCAGCUGAAUUAAUUGGAUGUUUAUGCCCAGGGACAGGGCUCUUUGUAUAAUACCAGCUCCAAACUGGAAACAGCCUUCACUGGAACCCAGACCUAUAUGCAAAUCCUGGGUUUCCUCUUGA